AUGCGCUUAUAUUAGCUUACUGAUUCACUCGUGCGAUCAUACAUCGAUUCGCACCGUGUGCAUGCAACCAGGAGAGUAAAAGCAUAUGACAUACCGACAAAACGGAGACUGUAUGCCUUCGUCGACGGUGGGCAUUAACGGAAUGUUGGAUUUACAACCAUAAACAAAUCAAGAGUUUCGACGGGACUUUCGCCAGUACCAUUGAAGCUAAAAUGCUGAACAUCAGUCUCUCAACGCCAGGAGUAGUAGGAGUUCACCAGCAGGCCAAUCAGACGACCUGUCGCUUCGAUGAGGAGUUUAAAUACAUCCUGCUGCCCGUCUCCUACUCGCUGGUGUUCAUCGUGGGACUGGCGCUCAACUCAAUGGCCCUGUGGAUGUUCCUUACGAAAAUGCGGCCGUGGAACACCAGCACAGUCUACAUGUUUCACUUAGCUCUAUCGGACACGCUCUACGUGCUUUCACUGCCGACACUCAUCUACUAUUACGCCAACCGCAGUGACUGGCCGUUCGGCGUCGCGGUGUGCAAAGUGGUGCGGUUCCUCUUCUACGCCAACCUCUACAGCAGUAUCCUGUUUCUCACCUGCAUCAGUGUACACCGCUACCUGGGAAUCUGUCACCCCAUCCGCACCCUCACCUCGAUCAAGCCCCGGCACGCCCACCUGGUGUGCCUGACCGUCUGGGUGACCAUCACCCUCUGCCUGGUGCCCAAGCUCAUCUUCGUCACCACCACCCCCAGGGACAACGACACGCUGUGCCACGACACCACGCGCCCCGAGGACUUUGACUACUUUGUCACCUACAGCUCGGUGGUGAUGGUGCUGCUCUUCGGCAUCCCCUUUCUGGUCAUCAUGGUGUGUUACUUCCUCAUGGCCCGCGCGCUGUGCAGACCUCGCAAAGGCCUGUCGCAAACGCAGCAGGGCAACAACGCCGCGCGCACCAAGUCCAUCAAGCUCAUCGUGGUGGUGCUGGUGACGUUCGCCAUCUGUUUCGUGCCGUUCCACAUCACGCGCUCGCUCUACUACACCUACCGCUUCCUGGACGCCGACUGUGCCUUCCUCAAUAUCAUCAACUUCGCCUACAAGAUCACGCGGCCGCUGGCCAGCAUGAACAGCUGCCUGGACCCCAUCCUCUACUUUCUGGCGGGAGAUCACUACCGCUCGCGCUUGCUGCGCGCCCUGACCAGGCAGCCCAACGCCUAUCACGAUUCACACUCGGCCUACCAGCCUCCGCCGUUCACCAAAAAGAAGAACAAGGACACCACAAAGAACGAUAAUAAUGACAAUGGCAGCACGAAUGAUAAUGACAUUGCUCUGGUGUAUAAAAAUACAGAGGCGAAAGAGAGCCCUAAGCCAGAGCGCUAAAGCUUGGUGGCCUUGGCUGUGUAUUGUACAGACUGGUGUGUGACAAAACUCUUGUGUUGUUUGUGAAGGCACACCAUCCACCAGCACUGUGCGUGAAAAGCACAGAGAGAAGUUGGUAAUGGUGAAGAUAGGGGUUCAUGCUGGUUCAAACCCCGUUGGAAUAGUGUGGGUGGUCUCCCACACCCACAUCCAUGGUUGAAGCAUCCUUGAGCAGGGACCUAAAUCCGCAUGGCUACAGGGACUGUUGCCAAUACCCUCCCUGUACAACUUAAACAACUGUGAUGCGCUUUGGAUGAAAGUGUCUGCGUGCUAAGUGUAACGUAAUGGUGGUGAAGGAGAGUUCUCAUAUUAUGGAAGUCUGGUCCUACUUGUGUGGGUUAAUCAAGUAUGUUGAGAUGAGCUUACUGCAUGAGCCUUGCCAGUAUGGCUGCUGACAGCUUUUGGUCGGGCCUGGGACAAAGCUAUCUGAACAAGCCCCCCCUCCCCAACACAUACCAUGUAAUGAGGACCCAAUUCUAUUUCCCAAUUCUCCCUGGGCCUGGGACAAUUGGCCCCUUUUGUCCCCCUCUUGUCGGCUUCCCUGCUCGCAAAGCCGUGCAGAUUUUCAGAGUUCAAAAGGAAGCCAUCAUCGCCACAAUUGUAAACAGCACCAGGCUCCCUCUCAGAAAAAAAAGCCAACAGGCAAGGCACACCGCCGUCCAAGGGGAGGGAUGGGUUUUCAGCCCGAAACCCACAUCCUUUGUGUGCGUGUGCGUGUGUGUGUGUGUGUGUGUGUGUGUGUGUGUGUGUGUGUGUGUGUGUGUGUGUGUGUGUGUGUGUGUGUGUGUGUGUGUGUGUGUGUGCCUGUGAGUGUUUGCAGUACCUCGUAUGCCUCCGUCCAAUUGUCAUGUCUUGUUUAUACCAGUGAGAGAGGCACAGCUAAGCCUGUUGGCUUUGGAAAAGGCAGCUAGCUAGAAUACCCCCACUCUACUACUACUCACUAUACGUUUAGCUGCUACAGUAUACUCAGGCAGGCUUUUUUAAACUGCACUGCACUUAUAGCUCUUCUGUCUUUGUUGCUCUGGGUCGUUUUAUAUCACUGGGUGCAGCAGCUGUUCGCUGUGACCAGAACCACCCCCGUCCCCUGGCCCUGUGUCCUUCCGAGAAAGUGGAUCGUAGUCGAGUGAAAGGAAAGAAGUAAAAAAAAAAAAAGAUCACCAGUGCAGCACAGAUGUCUUUUUCCGGGUUUUUUUAUCGUCUUUUAUUUCUCCAGUGACUAACGUUUCAAUGCAGAAGCAUCUUCCUCUGAAUGCUGAAUUGUUAAGUAGUCAUCGCCUACUGUUUUGGCCUUGUGGAAUUCCGGCACAGAGGGCCUGCAUUAUUACCGGCAGCCCCGCUCUGAAAGCGGCUUGUCUGUCUCAGGCACAGUGUCAUUACAGUUCUCUGCUGCAUAAUGGUGCCUUAGUGGCCAAAGGUUCUUUAUCAAGCGACUAUUGAGACAGUACUGGGCAUUGAGAGACAGUGUGGCAGUAUUGAGACAGUGCUAAGCAUUGUGCGGUGAAAAAGGGCUGCUGUACAUAAGAGACUGAGUGGACAGGGGAAAGUGAAGAAUCUGUUGGCCCCCACAGAUAACGUAUCGCAUCGCACAAUUAAGUUCGGCACCAUUCAGAUUCAGAUUGGGUCGUCUGAACAAGAGUGGAUCCCGAGCUCUCCUUACAAAUUAAAACACUGUACUAUUUGUAAUUAUCCUGGGAAGCUAAGGAUCAUUGUGCCAUAGAAAGGUGUGUGAGUGUGUGUGUGUGUGUGUGUUUGGGGUUUGGGAAGGGGAGUUAAAGAUCAUCGCACCACAAAAAAGUCUAUGUGUGUGUGUGUGUCUGAGUGUGUGUGUCUGAGUGUGUGUGCCUGAGUGUGUGUGUGUCUGAGUGUGUCUGUGUCUGUGUUUAGUGUUUGGGAAGGAGGGGAGUGGAACACUGAUGAGAGCCUGGUUUGUGAUGUUGACAUAGUGUUGUCAGUGGAAACGGGCCGAGAGAGUUCCACAAAAGACCUGGCUACGGCGUAGUGCGAGACAAUCCCCUCCUGGCCCCCUCCAGCUGUUUUUGUCAUUCAGUUUGGGGGUGUGUGCCGUGUCGAUAUGAGCUACAUAUCAAACUGAACUACCAAUUCAAUACAACGCACAAAAGUCGCGCCCCUACUGGGGUCAGAGUUACGUUUUGGGUUUGUGCUAUGUUAACAGCCUGUUGGUAGCUCAAUUUUGGGCCCUAUGUACAAUGUGUUUCAAUGGACCCCCCAGCCAUAUAUCUUCAUAAAUCGGACAGUGUAUGGGCCUCCUAUAUAUAUAUGGGGCCCUGGUGACUCAGUCACACUAUAGCCCCCUUAACGACACCCCUGGUAGCUCAUCUUGAUAGAGCAGCCCAUCCAGACAGAACAGGAGCAACAGUACAGCUGUGCAGUGCUUUGCUAUGGCAGUGCAUUGCAGCACAGUAUGGUCAAUGGAAAGGGUGGGGGCGUUUGACAGCCUCCAGAAUCCUGCUCAGACACUUUCUCCUCCUCACUCCUCCUCAGCAACAAUAGGUUUCCCAUAUCUACUGGCCGGGACAGGAGAGGUGAUGUUUUUGUAGCCGUAAACUAGACAGUGUUUUUUGGUAGGCUAAAUACUGAAUCAAAUACAUGAAACUCAAUAAGAAAUGAAAAUAUCACAACUGUAACAGAACAUAUCAAAUCUGUAUGUAUCAUUUUUUGGAUAAAAUAAUAAUAAACUGACGGACAAUGUGAGUGUCUUUGAUCUCUUGAUUUUGAAUUUCUACUCAAUGCCAAUAUAACAUCCGCAAAGUGUUAUGUUCAGUUCUAUGCAGGGUGAUUUACCUGUUACUAUAUAGUCCAGAGGAAUACUUACAGGCAGAUUAAGAUAUAGGCUAAGUCUUCAUUAUGAUUAUUUAAACAGGACAAAACAAAAGUAAACACAGUGACAUCAUAUCCUUUCCACCUUAAAUACGUAGUUUCACUGGAGACCACAAAAAUGUAUGUGGGCUUACAGUAAAGUCAUACAACAUUUGGCAUACGUGGGGCAAAAAUAAACAUAUAGGAGUAGCCCUACCAUACCAGCUGAUUGACUGCAAUUGGGAGCAAGUGAUGACGCACUGGGGAUUCCCGGGACACAACCCCAAUGAAAACCUGUCUAAUCAAUGUGAUAUUGUAAAAGAACACUCAGCUGUUUGUGUGUAAGAUGACCCUGAUGAAGGCGUAAGCCGAAACGUUGGUCUUAUUAAAUGUAACUGCAUGAAAAAAAGGUCUUAUUAAAUGUAACUGCAUGAAGUUCUGAGUGUGCGACGACCAUUCUUUUUCAAGUUGAGUCUAAUUGUCUGCCGUACGCACCUCAAACGGUGUGCGUUUACUGAAAC